AUGAGGCGACCGGAGCUCGUGAUGCUGGCGGUCAUGCUGAACCUGUUGCUUGCUGCUGAUGGCGAACUCACCCUGCACAAUCGAGACAACAUGACGGUCAUGAGCCGACAGCAAUCUGCUGUGAUUGAGUCGAGCGCAAAGGAGCUUUACCAGACUCUGCUGAAAAACAAACGAGACAAGAACGAGUUUUUAAUUGCUCUCUUCUACUCAGAUGAUGUGUUCAGCACAAGAGCCGUUCCAUUCUUUGAUGUCACUCCCCAGUUUUUUCCUUUUCCGAACAACGUCAAAUUUAUCUCAUUCAAUGCGAAGAACGAUCGCAAGAUGAUUUUGCGAUUUCGAUUGCAUGGUUUCCCCACCAUUGUUUGUUUUCACAAGGGCAAGAUAACAUCGCGGCUUGAGCGAGCGUUCACCACUGACAACAUCAUUCGGUUUGUGAACAGGAGCACUGGGAUCUCACCGAUUAAGGGGCAAGUUCCACAGGUGUGGGUGACGGAGGAGGGCAGGGCGAGGGUGGACGGGCAGGAUCCUUUACUGCACUUGUCAAUGUUGUUGAUUGUGUUGGGAGGUCUUCACUUGCUCUAUCAGUCGACCAGAAGGACGGCAGAGUCUUCAGAGCAUGACAAGAGUGACUGA